AUGACAUCUCUGAACAUGGCUUCAACUGGUUGCUGGCCUUUGGCCACAAGCUUGCUGGCCUGCCCUGGCGGUGAGGGUUCCGGCUCAGGUGGAGAUGAAGCCUUGGGCCAGGAGGCCUGGGCGGUCAUGAAGCCGGAGGACGAGGUUGAAAAAAAACCGGAGGAGCAUGAAUUGCGCCGGGAGGAAUAUAAUGCUGCUGAGGAUAAUGUACAUGUGCAGGUUGCUGUACAGGGGGACGUGCUCGUGGUGGCGGUUGUGGCAUCCAUUGUCCAGGAGGCCCUGGUUGAGGUGGUGUUCGGCUGCGGUGCCUGCGAGUUCUUGCUCGCCGUGGAUGUCCGCGCCGAUCUCUGCCACGUCUUUGACGCGAUAAGCUUCUUGGUCUAUCGCGCCCAUAUUCCGCAUCGCGGGGGCGAUUUGGGCGGUAUUCAGACUGUGGUGGCUCUUCCGACAAGGGAGGGGUAUGAAACUGCCACGUUUGCCAGUGAAGGAGAAAUCUGGAUUUUGCUUUCACUGCGCUUCGAAAACUGGAGUGAGACAACAUCGGCAAUUGCAUGGGUCUGGCGGUUCAUCCAGAUUGUUGACCAAUCGGGCCUGCUGCAGUUCUUUCUUCAAAUCGGCAGAUACUUUCAGCGUCUGGAUCCACUUCGUGGUGGCUUGGGAGGCUCUGGUGUGAAGCUUUGCUCCAUUUCUCGGUUGGGCCUCUUGGAUCCGGACUUUGAUACGGUCUUGGGCUUCCGAAAGUUGUUGCUGCUGAAAUGGCGCACACAGAUCAAUCAGGUUACCUCCCUGCCAGCUAGCUCGUGCUUCAUUGACCAUGAGGUUUUGUUUUCCUGGGAGGAGUGCGAGGAGACCGAGAUUGAGACCAGUCAUCCCAGCCGCUCCAACUGGAGUGGCGUCCAUAGUGACCCCAUUCCGAUUUGUCCCAGCUGUUCUGCCAAGACAUGA